UAUCACUAGUAACAUAGACGAAGAGACGGGGUUUCAGGAUAUCGAAAAAAAAACGGAUCGUAACCUUUUCUUACUUUCUCAGGACAAUGACGGCAAUAUGCUUCGUGUGCAACCUGCCGAUACUGUCGCACCAAGUGGGGCUGGUGUGGGCUGGCGGGAACGGCUGGGACGAGCUGACGCGGUCCACGCUCGAGGAGAGCACGCUGCGGCAGCGGCUCGGCAGCAGACGGGACUCGGCGGCGCAGGUGUCCUGCCUGUCGCCGCCGGAGCCCGAUGUCAACAACCAGACGCAAACUGGACCCCGCCGUCGACGAUCAUCACUGGCGCAGCUGACAGACAUUCUGCGGGAGUGGGGCGGUGGUGGCAGCAGCGGCCCUCGCCGUCAGCGGGCUCCCUUGUCCCGGCGGGAAACCUUGGCAGAUCUCGCCCGCUCUUUACCCUGGGCGCGCCACGAGCCUCCGCCGCGCCGGCGACGCGACUCAUCCGCCGACUCGGGCAUCAAAUCCAUGGCUUCUAAACGCCGUGACUCAAAAGCCGCACCCCAAGACUUCCGAACAGACUUUCCUAACGCUUGGGAUCGUAGAGAUUCAACCACCGUUGCGCCAACUCGGGAAAGGCGUGUCAAAAGACGAGGAUCGGGUGACGACAAAGAGCGUCGUGACUCAGUUGAUGGGCAUCGCCAUCGGAGAGAAUCUGUCGCUGCCCCUCCUCCACGAAUAGUUGCGACACAUAGAAAAAGACGGUUAUCACCUCCAACACCGGCGCCUCCGUCGUUUGUCGAUGCGUCUUCAGAUCCCGGUCCAUCAACGCAUAUGCCUUCCGUGACAGUAGUAACGGUGCAUGAACCUAGCCGUUCUGAUGGGGAGUGUCAACCGAUGACAAUGCCGACUAUUAUAACAUCUGCCGUUACACCGUCUCCAACAUCUCCUACGAUACCCAGUAAUGCAGCUCAGCCGGGUCAAAGCUGUCAAACCACUCAAGCCACUGCAGUAUCUCCAAGCGGUAAAACUCCGCCUAGUCUCGGUGGUCGAAGAGACUCUACAACGCAGUGUGGACGAGCUAGAAGGGACUCUCGAGCCGCUGCAAGCCCAGAACGGAGACUCGGUAGGCUACAAAGGCAAGCCACUGCGUUCGAUGAUCCGAAUGGACCUCCUGGUACUAGGCGUCGCGAUUCAGGACCUUCAUUAGGACCCGAUGAUGAAAACCGUGUAAGAAGAGAUUCGCUGAGUCCCGAUUCAGCGGUGAGACCACGAAGAGAUCGAUCUCAGUUAAGUCCCGAUCGAGCUGGAAACGUAGACCUAAGUCCAUCGGCAGCAAGAAGACGUAGCCGGUUGCGAAGGCAGGCGUCGUGUGCUAGAGGUGGCCGCGCUCGGAGUCCAGAGUCGAGUUCUUGUUCGAGUCGAGAUCCCAGCCCAGGCGCGCGUCCCCCGGAGCGAACUAUGAUUCGCCGCCAGUCUACUACUGAGGAGAUAUUGAUAGCGCGAGGGUUCCGGAGGCAGUCUACGACGGAGGAGAUGAUCAGGUGUCGGAACUUCAGGCGGCAGAGCUCGCAGAGCGACGACGCGUGCAUGCGCGCGCGCGGCCGCCGGGACUCCUCCACGCAGAUCCUCGACGGCACCAUCGGCACCAUGACCGUCGAGACCACGAGCACCUUCUUCGAUUCAAGCACACAGACAGAACCAUCCCCAUUGUACGACAACAACCACUACCACGAGGAAUGUCUCCGCUGCAACUCCUGCGGGCUGAACCUGACUGGACCCAAUCAGAAACGCGCCCGCCGUUUCAAGAACCACAUCCUGUGCGACCUGCACUUCGCGGACGUCGCGCUCAUGGAGUGCAGCGACUUCAUGCAGCAACUGCGCAGCUUCAAGCCUCAGUCCCUCGGCUGCGCCGUCGCGCGCCGCAAAUCCUCGACCACGCUCAUAUUCCCGCUGCCACCACAGGCCUGUUCAGAUGAAUUCUGCGAAGAGUACCCACACAGCCUUAUUCCGACGCCCGGGUACUGGAUCGAGUGCUCCCGGCAGAAGAUCACGACCGAUACGAUUUGGGACGAGUCCGAAUCGGAACACGACAGCGGGCCGGAUCGGGACAACGUAGACAAUGACCGCCACCGGAGAUCUGGCUCACUAGACGAGGCAGCCGAAGACAGCAGCGACAACGGCGGCAGUACGCCGAAGAAGAAAACCGUCAUCGAGGAGCAAUGGGAGCGCUCAGGGGCCUUCGAACUCACCUCAGUGGAGCAGGAGACCUACGAGAAAUACUUCUACGGUUCUGAGCAUUGGAACUACUUCACCAAUGACGAGGACCUUGGGCCCGUCAUACUGUCCAUUAAGCAGGAGACGCUUAACUCCAGGGACCAGUUCAGAAUUCUAGUCCGGGCGAUCAGCUACACGGUACACGGGCUGAUACCAGCGUCAUGCGUCUUCGCUGACCGGUACAACCGCGAGGAAGUUGUGCGGUCGCUGGGCAAGGAGGUUAACAUCAACCCGCCGCUCAUGCUUGGCCAACUGCCCGACACGCCCGAGGAACUGCUGAAGCUGGACCAGGUAUUCAUAAAGUCGGAGCUCAAGGUGGGCGUGAUAUUCGUCAAGGAAAACCAAUACAGCGAGGAAGAAAUUCUGGACAAUAAUGAUAAUUCGCCAAUGUUCGAAGAGUUCUUACAAGUGCUCGGGGAGAAAGUGAGACUAAAAGGUUUCGACAAAUACAAGGGCGGCUUAGACACCGUCCACGACCUCACGGGCCUGUACUCGGUGUACACGAACUGGCGCGGCAUCGAGAUCAUGUUCCACGUGUCCACACUACUGCCGUACGAACGCCACGACCCUCAGAAACUUCAGAGGAAAAGGCACAUAGGGAACGAUAUUGUGUGCGUCGUGUUCCUGGAAGCGGACAACACUGCCUUCUCGCCGGCUUGUAUUAAGAGCCAUUUCUUACACACGUUUAUUUUAGUACGAGUAUCAGCGCGGAUAAAACGGCGGCCCACAAGGUACGAGGUGUCGGUCGUCACUCGGGACGAGGUCGGUGCGUACAAACCCUACCUUUGGGAGCAGAGUGUGUUCGACAAGGGACCCAUGUUCAGAGAAUGGCUCCUCACAAAAAUAGUAAACGGAGAGCGAGCGUCAUACUCCGCGCCGAAAUUCGCAAGAAUGCAAGAAAGAACGCGGAGUCAAAUGCUCGAGGACAUCGUAGCUAACUUGCAGAACCACGCCGAGACUGGACAGAUACCUAAACCAUACAGGAGAGGCUCAUGGCGCCCAAUUGGCCAUAUGAGGCCGUCAUCCCCUCUUCUCGACUCCGUGCGCGACCAGUUCGAGGACUACGACCAGCUCGCGAAGGACUUUACGAGGGUGUUCCUCAACAAUGAGCUGAACGUGGCCACCAACGCGCAGCUGUUCGAUGUUGUGUUCCUCGUGGGGCAGUCCAAGCAGAAGACCAAGUUUAUUGGAGUGAGGGCGAUAUUGGGGGUUAGGAGUAGAGUGUUCCAAGAGAUGCUGUACGGCAUCCAGACCGGUUUCGGGUCGCCGCAAGUGCCUGUAGCGGAGUUGCUAUCGCGGCCGGCACCCACGUUGCUGUCUCCCACGCCGGCGCGGCAGAAGAGCAGCAACUUCCUGCAAGUGCCCGACAUCGAGUCGCCGAGACCAAAAAGCGUGCCCAGUUCUCCGAUGGUGAAGCGAGCGUUCUCCCGCCUGGGCACGAUCACGGCGGGCUGGGGCCGCUCCAUCCGCAAGCAGCACUCGCAGCUCAACGCCGAGGAUAAGAAGAAGUGGGCCAGCUCGCAAGACUGCUCUAAUAAAGAAGGGAAAGAUAAAGAAAAGGACAAAAAUGGAGCGUUAGCAGUGCCGAGACUAUCAGUGUGCGCCGACGCCCAGAAAGUGGACCGUGCCAAACUUGCACAGACUGAGUUUUCCAUAAUCGAGUUCGACCCCGAGACGUUCCGCAUCCUGCUGGAUUAUCUACACACGGGCAGCUGCCCGCUGACCUGCGCGUCCAUCCCGGGGCUGAUCUGCGCCGCCGAGCAUUACGACCUGCCCGAGCUGCUGCAGGCCUGCUUCCACCACGCCAAGCAGUUCCUCAGGAUAGAAGUGGUUUGCACGAUGCUGAUAUCGCUGGAGAACUACUACUGGCGGUACACGUCGGCGUCGGAGCUGGUGAACAUGAUCCUGGCGUUCACGGAGCAGCGCGCCUACGCGCUGUUCCAGACCGCCGAGUUCCUCAACCUGUCCGAGUCCAUGGUGCAGAUGAUCAUGUGCCGCAACCUCGAGGUGCCCGAGGUGCGCAAGUUCGAGGCCAUGCUCAGCUGGGCCCGCAACAAAAUCAAGGCCAAGUCCGCCAAUAAGACUGAUGCCAAAAAUGAAUUUAAAUGCAUUAUGGAGAGGCUCGCUCGUGACCUCAAGCUGUACAGGAUCUCGCCGCAAGAGCUCAUCAAGGUGGUGCUGCCGUCGAAGGCCAUCAAGAACGAGCGCAUCCUGGAGACGCUCAUGUACCAGGCCAACUCGGGCAUGUACCGCAUCCAGGACAGCUACAUCGAGGCGUGCCAGCAGCGCCUGCAGAAGCAGGACUCGCGCUUCUCCGAGUUCGAGAGCUUCGACUACGGCAUUUAAACGGAGCUGUGAGGAUUAUCAGUGUAUUAGAUAGAUAUGAAGAGAGACUGGCCUGCUCCUUCUCAUUAUGUGGUAUGUUGAAGCCUUCUAAAGUAUUAUUGUUAUAGAUGUACUCGAGUAGAGGUGCGAGAAAUUAUUGUACACUUCUCGGAUACCUAUUCCUUGUUGUUGUUCAUUGAUACCUAUAUAUAUUUUUUACAUCUAGACGUGUUCAGCAUAAUCAUCUCUAUUUUUGGUACCGUAAACUUUGCGAUACGUGUCUUGUUUCGCAAAUAAAGAAAAGACACCCGAUCGGCUGGCGUGGUGUCUUGCCAGUUUAUGUCCACACAGAUGUAGUUUGACUUGCGACCACGUGACGUAUACAUACAAAUACUUAUCAUACAUAUCACCAUUCCAGCCGUAUUUUCUUAUAUCGAUUAUAUUUUGAACCAAUCGAUCAGAUUAGUCUUUUUUGUAUGACCAUAUACAAAAAAAUAUGUUCAUAUAAUAAGGGGUUUCGUUACUAACGAUACGAUUAAAGAAUAUUUUUUUAGGGUUCCGUAGCCAAAAUGGCAAAAAUAGAUCAAUUCUAGUGCCGUCAUCUUCCUACAUCCGUCUGUCAGUUAUUCGCCAUGAAUCCAAUCAAACAUUUAAGAAACCCCUAUUCAUACUUAUAUCCAAAAAUGGAUCUCCGAGUAUAUCAUACACAUCAAAGUUUCAUGCAAACGCGACUGAUUCACCAAAUACGUUAAGACGUAUUCUAAAAAACAUAUUAUAAAUACUACUUAUAUAUGAACAUAAUGAAUAAAUAUCUAAAAGGAUGUACAAAAUGAUAAAACAUAAUUGAAAUUUAAUGAAUAUGAACGUUAUACUAGAUAAUUAAUUUGUAGAAUAAUUAUGAUGUCUAUAGCAAAUCUCGUUAUUGAGAAAUCUUUAAACAUGUUAUUGCCUAUUCUUAUCUAAGUACCUAUUACUAAUUUUGUUUGUUAGCAUUUCCAACUAUACCGCAAAAGUGUACAACUUUGCUAUCUCAACAUGGUUUUGUCCAUCGCGUAACAGUUUAGUAAAAGUGUGAUUUGUGUUUUAUUUUACCUUUUAAAAAUACAUAUUUUAAGUAUCUAUUUUUGUAUUUAUAUGUGGGCAUCUGUAACUAUUUUUGAGUUCUUUAAGUUUUGCUAGACUACGACGCAACUGGCAAAGUUAUGUCGAAAGGAAAUAGUUGUUAACUUUUCUGGUACUUUUUUACCUACUGAAUGUAUGUCGCUUAACUUCUUAUUGUACUGAAAAUGUUUCUUUAUAUUUGUACAAUGGAUACCGUAAUGUUUAUUGUACUUAAAUGCCUACACCAAAGCACUCAAAGUUGGUAAAACCUUGACGUUUGAGUCCAAAAUAUAGCCCAAAGAAAUAUAUUUAUUGUUUUCAUAAAAAUUGCGUCCUAUUUACAUUAUUUACUUAUCAGAUAGUAAAAGGUUAUAUUAAGGAUACUUUAUCUCAGUUUUAUUAUUAAGAGAAAUACUUUUUAACGUUCUAUACUUAUCUACUAACCUAGUAUACUACUUGCCUGGUUUUCCUUUCUUCCCUUGUCGAUGUCGCUCUUCAUAAUUUAUAAUAAUAAAAAAAUACAAAUUAUAUUUUCCUACAAACAUUGAUGUUUAAAAAUAAAUGUGUAGAUCCAUUAAAUGAGAUAUAAUUGAUGUAUAGACAUAAACUACCUGUAUUAUCGUGCCCUUUCUGUUCACUGUUAUACUGUCUAAAGUUGGUUUAAAUUAAAUGUACGUAUUAUAAUUUAUUUUGAUUACUUAAAUGUCUUAUGUUUUAAGUCCAGUCCAAAUAUAUUUUCAUCUCCGUGUACAAAUUUCAAGCUAAGCUAAGGCAAAGGACCGAGGCCCCAUUUUUUGAUAUUGAUAAUCCAAGAACAUUUAAUUGAUACCAUAUUUUCCGGAAAUCUAUAAAAAACGUAAAUACAAAGUAUCAAUUUCAUCAUCAAUAACAUAUUUUGAUAUCGACAGUUGUCACAGUAUAAUAAAAGUGUCUACUGUGUAAAUCAUAUAGGUACUUAUUUAUACUUGGAUCUGCGGAACUGGCUCCCGUAGCUUCCAAAUUUUAUAAAUGAUUUUUGAGUAAAUUUGUUUGCGCCCAAGGGGUCGACUUUUGAGUCUCACUGUCACUAAAUUACCGGUUGAAAACGGUCAAUUGCCUAUUAUUUUCAGUGACAAUUUUCUGAAUUCGAACGCCGUGAGACUCAAAAAUCGGCCCCAAGUUUUAAACGUUAUGUUUACAUUAUAAAAGUGGAUUGUCAUUCAGUAACUUUUGGGAAAAUGCCUAAUGUACAUAAUAUUAAUACCAAAUGUCAUUAACUUUUAACACAAAUUAACUUUUUUUAUUUAUUUAUACUGUAUAAGCGGCAAUUUUAACGACAACUGUGAGCCUUGGUUUUGCUUCAAAUAAUAGUUAUUUGUUAUACAAGGGGGCAAAGUUGUAUUUUAACGCCGGGUGUGGAAUUGAAAAACGAGCAAGUGAAAGGAUUCUAUAGUU